AGAGGUACAUGUUUUAGUAUCAUACUGCUCUCUUUUGGGGUUCAUUCCUUCUUCGUAACAAGCUUUUGUUUCAAUGUUCAAGACUGCGUGUGUGGUGGCCGGCCUAGGCACAGCAGCCGCUGUUACAUGGGUGACCUGUCGCCGGGAAACAAUUCCUGCAUUUCCGGACGGAAUAUUAAAGAUCACGUGUGUGGGCACCAGCAUGGGCACAGCAGCCGUUCUCGCAUGGGUAGUAUGGCGGCGGCAGCGACGACCUGUUUUGCCGGAUAAAUGGGAGGAGGUUGGCGAAGUGUGUGACAUGACCAUCUACCCAUUGAAGUCAGGCCGUGGAGUGAUGGUGACAGAAGGCGAAGCCACCCCCUGGGGUUUGGCGUCCGGUGAAUUGCAAGACAGAUGCUUCAUGGUGGUCUUGGUUUCCACGGGCACUUUUGUCACUGGCCGCCAGGCAGAGGAACUUUUGGAUGUCAAGUUGACAUUCAGCAGUGGCGUCAUCACGCUUGAAAGUAAAGAAGCCUUUACUUUUAAACAUAACCUGAAGAGCAAUCUAAGACAUCCCAAGGUUAUGGACAGCAAGAUCUGGGGCGAGCCUGUACGAGGCGUAGACUGCGGGGACGAAGUAGCUGAGUGGCUCUCUAACGUGCUUUACAAAGGCAAGGAGGAGGUUCGUCUUAUAUAUAAAGCCGACGUUAUGGAGAGAAGGCCGCCCCGUCGACUGACCUAUUAUGACUUCCCACAAAUCAGGGACACCGAUACCUUGUAUUACGCAGACACCAGCGCUUUUCUCAUUACAUCGCAAUCUUCACUGGAGGAUCUCAAUCACCGACUACUUCACCCUAUUAAGAUGGCUAACUUUCGCCCAAACAUCGUAGUGAGUGGAGCACCUCCGUUCCAGGAGGAUGACUGGCUUUAUAUAAGGAUUGGCAGAGCUGUCUUCAGGAAAAUAAAACCUUGUGAGAGGUGUCUGUUGACAACAGUGGACACAGACAGUGGAAAGCGUCAUCCAACUCAGGAACCACUAACAACACUCCGAUCGUAUCGCCUGCUAAAGGAACCUUCUGAUUUGGCCAAGGUGUGGGCCACCAAACCUGUGUUUGGGUGUCACUUUGCCAUCGAUGUUCGAGGACCAGUUGCAGUUGGAGACAAGGUGUUUGUUGCCACAGCUACAGCAAACUCUACUUUUUCGAUUUUUAAUUGAAUAGGAAGAUAACCUAUAUUUUACAUAACUAUAAAUAUCUGUAUGUGGUAAUUAAUGACAAAGUAUUUGGCAAUAUAAAUACUAAGAAAAUGUAUGGUAGAUGUUUGCAAAAGAAUGAUUUUUUUAAGAAUCUUAAGAAGUGUAAGUGUUGACAACAUCAUGCUUUCCUUGUUUAACAUGUCAGGUAUCGAGUCAACACUUUGUUUUGGACUAAGCGCGCUGUAUGGAAGUCUGUCUGGGAAAAAAAAAAAAAAAAACAAGAACAAACUCAAUAAAAUUGUUAAAGGAACGGGAUAAUUGUGUAAGGAAGUUUUCAAUUUAAUAACUUGCACUCAAAAAUGUUUUGAAACUUUCAAAGUGAAGUGUCUUGAGGAGGCAGGGAAAAAAGCCAACUUCUCUCUAAGGCUGCCAGGCAAGCAAUGAUCUACGUAUUUUGUGCACUCACUAUUCAACAUCACUUCCGAUUCGGAGCUAUGAACCAUAGUCUGAAUUCUCAAGCAUUAUAAUGAGGCUAUUGUUUAACGUAACUAACGAUUCGGAGGUAUGAACCCUUCUCAUUAUAAACUCUACUCAAACAAAAUAAUGACUGACCGCACCUCUUAAAAACAACUAUAUGUUUCUUAGAUCUAGUACAAGACUGAGACUACCUGUACAGAAGACAUGGGGAUUAAAAAAUCAUUCGUAUAAGU